AAGCAACAACGUAAUCAAUGGUUGCAAAAACGGAUUUAACAACAAUGGACACAAUAACGGAAUCAACAUCGGAUAAAUCAAUUAACACAUCAAUGGAUGCAACAACUGAAAACUCAACAACUGAAACAACAACGGGACCAACAAUGUAUGCAUCAAUGGUUGCAAAAGUGGAUAUAACCGGCGCAACAACGGACCUCAUAGCCAAUACAAACACUCCAGAUUCAGUAUCGGAAAAAACAACGGUCACAACGAAGGAAACAGAAACGGAUGAAACAAUUGAAAACUCAGUGUUGGCAACAAUAGAAACAACAACGGAAACAACGUAUACAACCACGGUUGAAAAGUCGGAUAUACCAACCGACGUAACCUCGGACACAAAAACGGACACCAGCAUAACCAAUAUGAACACUCGAGAUCUAACAAGUAAGAAAGGCAUAAUAUGUGUAUCUACAAAAUAUCACAAAGCUACACGAGGUUACUUUACGAAGUUCUUCGACACUGAAAAACAAGAGAUGUGCCUAUUACAACGAAUCAGUUCAGUGUAUAGCUUUGAAGUGACAAGUACCAAAAAAUGCGCCAUUGAAUGCUUGCUAACUGCAGAUUGCAAUGGCUUUGUAAUAUACAACCAUCUACACAAAUUGUCCUGUUCUCUACUGGAUCAAAAUAUCACCGAAACUGGGGUCAUUCAACAAGGUUGCGUUACGUAUAGAAAACAUUUGAUAUAUUAAUGCGCUUUAGAUUUGCUCGACGACGUGACCUUAGAACGGAUUCACUCAUCCGUUACCGUCCUACGUUUUCUGCACAACGUAGAUUCAGCGCCAAACUGCGUUCUAGAAACCCAGACGACAAAGAGAACUCUCGUUCUCGCAUGCACAUAUGACUUUAUGUGACGUCAUUACGUUCGAGGUCCUACCGUCGUCGUGCAAUCGAAGCAUCCUAUUAUUGAGGAAAAUCUAUGUCUAUAUUUUACUGUAAAUAAAAUUUCACAUUCAAAAUACAAUAUAAACUCACUGAAUAUCAUUACUU